AAAAAAUCCCACAGAAGCAUUUUCCCUCUGCUCAAACUGUGUGAUCUGACUCGAGAAGGAUGUCCUCGGUGGUCCGGAGACCCUCGCUGAGGACGCUGCUGCUCAGGAACGCCGCCCAGCACAACCACAGGUCAACCAUCUACAGCAAGCCACCCAAGGACAAGAUCGGACCGGUGCAGUCGAUGUUCGCCUUGUGUGUGUUCGCCGUGACUCUCCUGGCCCCGGCCGGAUGGAUCAUGCAUCACAUCCCGGAGUAUCGGCAGAAGUCUCCUCCACACCCCUGACUCCCGCUGGAACGUUCACUCAGAGACCAGAGAGCCGCUGGUCUGGAAACCUUUUCCCGCUCUGUACACUCUGAAUUAAACUCUUUCAGUCUGA